AUGAGUGGCGUUGAUAAAAAGUUAAAUCACGACUCUUCUGUUCAGAAGAGAAUGAUGAAGGAAUAUGCAAGUGGCGUGCUACCAACCUUGUCAAAAUUUGAAUUUAUUACCACUGAUGAGAAUAUUAGAGAUGAUGAUGAAGAUGCUCCUCUCUAUAAAUUCCCUUUGAAAAAGAUUGUUAUUAGUGAUCAAUCUAAAAUUGUUGAUGGUAUUGAAGUUGAGUACAUGUGCAAGAUGAGCGCACCAAAUUUCAAGAGUGAUGACGCAAGAAACUUUCACAAUUACACUCCAUCAUGUAACAUUUUCAAUUCGCAAUCAAUUGAAAAAGACGAAAAAUUGAGUAGUGUGGAGGAAAUUUAUGUCUUUGUGCCUGGAAACCCUGGAAAUUGCCUCAUCUAUCACGAGUUCUUGGAACGUUUAUGUGAAAGAUUAGACAAUCAGGAAGAAGAAAAAAACAGAUUGGUAAUUGCUGUUAGUUUGAGAGGUCAUUCCUAUUACUAUCCUUCCCAAUUUUGGCAAGGUUUGACCUUGUUUAAAUCCAACUCUUCCUCCUCCUCAUUAUACCAUUCGUUAGAGGCAUACAAUUUAAAUGAUCAGGUCGAUUAUUUUACAUUAAUUGUGCAAAAGUUGCAUAGACAAUUUCCAAAUGCCAAACUUAUCUUACAGGGCCACUCCGUUGGGUGUUUUUUGAUUUCCAAAGUUAUGGAGCGAUUGAAUGUUUGCAAAAAGAAAUCUCACCACCCAAUAGUUCAGCCUCUUACACAAACAAUUGUAGAUAAUGCAGUUGACAAAUUAAUAUUCUUUUAUCCGACUGUUCAAAACAUGCACAGUGAAACUCCUAAUGGACAAUCUUUGCUUCAGUAUGCAAUCAAAGCUCCUCUUAGAGUUUAUCUUGCCAAUUUACUCUACAAUUUAGCUUCACCAAUUCUUCCAACAUUUGUGAUUAGAUUGUCAAGAAGAUCGUCACCAAUUCUUGUUCCAUGGAUUCCUUACUAUGUUGAUAGUAUGAGAAUUAUUAAGAAUGUUACAACCUUAGCUAGUCAUGAGUUUGAAGAAAUUUUGGAUUCUUUUGGAAAUGAUUCAUCUCAAAAUACUUUCAAAGAUGCUAUGAGAGAUCACAAAGAUAAGUUGAGGGUUAUCUUCUCUACGGCUGAUCUUUGGGUUCCAAGAAAACACGUUCUCUCAUUCUUAGAUCAUGUAUUUGAUGUAAACUCAUAUGAAGGAAAAACCAUCCUUGAAUUGGAAAACUCAACAGUUGUGGACGAACAAGAAUUUUGUAAGAUUCUUGACAAGGCAUGUUUGAAUGUUGGAAUAUCAAAUCAAGUAACAUUUAGCCACACAACGCAACAUGCCUUUGUUAUCCAUCAAGAUAAUUUGGAAAUCACUAGUAAAUUGCCUCUAAGAUAG